UGUCUCUUACUCUAAUCUUAUGAUUUGAGAUAAAAGAGAAACUAGAAAAAAGAGUAAACUUGGAGCCGAAGCUGUGCCACCAAAACCCUCACUUGUUCUUUCGUUGCUUUAGAUCCUAAAUCUCCAAAGAAAACCCUAAUCCUUUUCCAUGUAAUCAAACCCCUGCUUUCCUGAUUUCUCUAAAGCGGUCCUCUUCCACCGGAUUUCAAGGAACUAAUAAUGGGGAAAAGAGUUAAAAAGAAUCGUCGAGUACCUCCGAAGGACAAAAAGGUUGUGGCAGCUCAAUCUCCAAAAGCUAUACCUCAGGAGAAACCUGCCAGUAUUGAUGAUGUUGACGAUGAAAUUAAAGCCGUAAAAGAGAGGAAAAAGUGCCUGCAUUUUGAUAAAGGCAUCAACAUAGAUAAGUUGUUGACUAAACUUAGGUCAUCAGAUCCCAUAAGGUGUGAAGAUUGUAGGGAAGGCAGAAAUGAUAGGAGAGGAGGUAAGGGAAAGAGUAAACAUGGGAAGAAGAAGGGAAGUGCUUCGGUUGAGUCGAAACGUGAAUCGAAAGCCAUUUGGGUUUGUUUGGAGUGUGGACAUUAUGUAUGCGCUGGAGUUGGUUUGCCAACAGCUUCUACCUCACAUGCUGUUCGACAUCUUAGACAAACCCGUCACCACUUGGUGGUUCAAUGGGAUAAUCCUCAAUUGAGGUGGUGCUUCUCUUGCAGCAUAUUCAUUCCAGUUGAGAAAAUGGAAGAGAACAGUGAAAGCAAAGAUGUUUUAUAUGAGGUUGUAAAAUUGAUUAAGGAACGAUCAUCUGAAUCAUCCACAAAUGCUGUUGAGGAUGUUUUGUCAGGAAGCGGCAGUGUUGCUUGUGAUAUCAAAUCAGAAGGAACUAUAUCGAAUUCUUUGGAUGGAAAAAAUGGUUAUGUGGUUCGAGGUUUGGUUAAUCUCGGUAAUACGUGCUUCUUUAAUUCAGUAAUGCAGAAUCUUCUGGCUCUGAAUAGGCUAAGGGACUACUUCUCGAAUCUGGAUGUGUCCAUGGGGCAGUUAACAAUUUCUAUGAAAAAGCUUUUUGCUGAAAUAAGACCUGAGAUGGGCUUGAGAAAUGCUAUCAAUCCAAAGCCAUUUUUUGCAUCCCUUUGUUCUAAGGCUCCCCAGUUUAGAGGCUAUCAGCAACAUGACAGUCAUGAAUUGCUUCGUUGCUUACUUGAUGGGCUUUAUACAGAGGAGUUGGCUCUAAAAAAACACAUUAAUGCUUCUAAAAGUGAUGCAGUUACUGCAAGUCAGGAUCUUACUUUUGUGGAUGCUGUAUUUGGGGGUCAAAUUUCGAGUACUCUCUGUUGUGAGGAGUGUGGGCACUCGUCAACAGUGUAUGAACCAUUUCUAGAUCUCUCACUUUCAGUGCCAACUAAGAAAACCCCUUCUAAAAAGGCUCAACCAGUCUCUCGAGCAAGGAAAACAAAGCUGCCAAUGAAAAAAGUUGGCAGGAAUAGAGGAAAAGUUAACAAAGAUGUAGAUCAGGUGCCAGCUCAAGUUGUUACGGCUCCUGUACCUAACAGUGAAUCUUCAGGCCCAAGCCAUAUAGCUGUGCCCCAAACGGAACCCAAGGUGGCAUCAUCUGGUGAUUCUUCACUCUCACAUGCUGCUGGCCCAAGCACCAAGGCAGAUGAAAGCAGUUCUGCUUCAAGGAAUCUCUUUGAUGUUGUGGAGUCUCAGAAAGAACAAGUUGUGGAGAGUACAGUGAAGGAAAAUUCAGCUGGGACAGAUGAUUUUGCUUGGUUGGAUUACCUCACAACAGAGAAUACACUCCCGGAAAAUGACGCUGGUGCAGAUGAUUUUUCUUGGAUGGAUUAUCUGCAACAGGAAAUAGUAGCUGAUGAGAGUGACUUGAUUUCUCAAAAUAACAAUACUUCCCUUCAAGAUUCGGAGGAAAAGGAACUAGUUCCAAAUGCAGCUUUAGCAGAAAGUUGUGAGGUUUCUGUACUUGAGGGGGAAACCAAUAAAAAAACAGAAGAUUCUUCUGGGAACCUUCAAGAGGAGCUUCCAUUGCUGGUUCAAGAUUCUGUGGUUCUUUUGCUUCCAUAUAAAGAGGAUAUUCCAGGUACUGAGAGUGUGAGAGAAAAUGAGGCCUCUUCAUCAAAUGCGGGUCUUGGACAAGAGGAAGUGGAGUUUGAUGGCUUUGGUGACAUGUUUAAUGAGCCUGAAAUUGCUGAAGGGCCCAUCAUUGGACCAUCUUUGGCAAAUGAAGUUGCUGAAACUGGUUUUAUGGCUGGGAGUAUUAGUGAUUCUGAUCCUGAUGAGGUUGAUGACAGUAAUUCUCCAGUAUCCGUGGAAAGUUGUUUGUCUCACUUCAUAAAGCCGGAGCUUCUUUCGGAUGAUAAUGCUUGGAAUUGUGAGAAUUGUGCGAAAAUUUUGCGACAUCAGAAGUUGAAAGCAAAGAAGAAGCAGACUAAAAUGGGAAAGGAUUUACUCAAUGGAAGUGAGACCCGAAGUUUAGAUAUGGAACACCAAUGCCCUAAUGGAGUUAGAACCAUUAGUAAUGGCGAUAUCAGUAGUUCCGGUGAUAGCUCGGUUUUUCAUAACAAGAAUCAAAAUGGUGUAAAAGUUGAAAAUGGUCAAACAAGCGAGCUAGAUUCUGUUGAAUUAGAAGAUGCAAGUCCGUUGAAAUUAAAUUCUUCAGUUUCCUCUAAAUGUUAUGCUCAAGAAAAAUGUGGGGGUACCCUAACUAUUGAUUCUUGCAAUGUUGAAAAUCAUAGUGGUAAUGAUACCUUUCAUCAGAGUAAUUCACAUAUGACUGAAAACUGUCAAUCGGGCUUAAGUGAUGAUGAAGAGUUAGACUCCGAACAUGUGAAGGUUAAGAGAAAUGCUACAAAGAGGGUCCUCAUAAACAAGGCACCGCCUGUUCUGACUAUUCAUUUGAAGAGGUUUUGUCAAGAUGCCCGUGGUCGUUUGAGUAAAUUGAAUGGUCAUGUCAAUUUCAGAGAGACAAUUGAUCUUAGACCAUAUCUGGAUCCCAGGGGUGAAGAUGCAGAUAAUUGCAAUUACAGUCUGGUGGGGGUUGUGGAGCAUUCGGGAACAAUGAGAGGUGGUCACUACAUUGCGUAUGUGAGAGGAGGUGAGAAAAGGAAAGGGACGAUCGAUAUCGACCAUGUUGGAUCUCAAUGGUAUUAUGUGAGUGAUCAACAUGUUCGCCAAGCAUCAAUCGAAGAAGUUCUUCGCUGCGAGGCAUACAUUUUAUUCUACGAAAAAGUUUGAGCGAUGGAUUUCGUUCUGAUACAUGUUCUGAUUCUUAGUGACACCUGGGGGGGGGGGUGGGUGAGUUAAAGUCCGCACGGCACCCUGGUGAAUGGAGACAGAAAAUACAUUAAAGAAAGAGGUGAGUGUAAAACAACAAUUUACCAUAUAUUGAUAUCCAUUUUUGACAUGUAACGAGUUCUAUGAUGUAUACCAUGAAAUUAUAUUUUGAGAAAAUAUUCAGUAUUCUUUUUCUUAAUUGAUUGUUCUUAUUGGCUGGAAAACUUCGUUUCUGGACGAUUGAGGUGACCUUUUAAGGAUUUUACAUGUCAAAGUUAUUAUAUUGAUUGUUUUCCUCA